AUCUGCAAGCCAACAAGGAUGGGAAGAUCAAGCCAUCUUUCGCAGGGAUUAAGAAGAAAUAGGGAUGUGGAGCAAGGAAGGAUAAAUCUAAUCAUGGGAAACGGAAGAUCGUCGCCUGUCACCAAGAUUGGAGUUUAUUCCUUAGUGCUUAGUAAUGGAUUAGGUUUAGAUUUAAACAAUUGUUGCGAUUCGCCAGAUAUGGCAAGAAACAUCAUUUCAUUUCAUGGUUUAUAUAGACAAGCAUUGCCUUGUAAUGGAAUAUAUGAGACUGUGAUGGUUGUAGAUAACUUAGGAAAUGAUGUGUUGUGUGUCGAUUCUUCCAAUAGUAUGGAUAAAGCAUGCUUGUGGCAUUGUCGUCUUGGACAUGUCAACAAGAAACGCAUAGCCCAACUCCAAAAGGAUGGAGUGUUGGAGUCAUUCGAUCUUAGGGACGAUGACAUGUGCGAAUCUUGUUUACUUGGAAAGAUGACCAAAUCACCCUUCACUGGCUCUUGUGAGAGGGGUGAUGGUCUAUUGGAUCUCAUACACACCGAUAUGUGUGGGCCAUUUAGAUCCACCACAAGGGAUGUGAACCACUUCUAUGUGACUUUCACCGACGAUUAUAGUAGAUAUGGGUAUAUCUACUUAAUCAAGCACAAGUCGGAAACCUUCGAAAAGUUCAAAGAGUUUAAGCAAGAAGUGGAGAAUCAAUUGGGCAGGAAAAUCAAGAUGCUUCGAUCCGAUCGAGGAGGUGAGUACCUAAGUCUUGAAUUCCACGAGUACCUCAAGGAAUGCAGAAUAGUUUCGCAAUUAACGCCACCUAGGACACCGCAGUUGAAUGGUGUAGUUGAGAGGCGUAAUGGAACCUUACUAGACAUGGUUCGUUCCAUGAUGAGUCGUGCUUCACUACCUAUCUCAUUCUGGGGGGAAGGCUCCCUCAUUUGCACAUAUCAAGGUUUGGGGUUGCGAGGCUUUCGUAAGACGAGAAACUCACGACAAGCUCGAGCCUCGUAG